GGAAUCAACAGCCGCCAUCUUGUCGCGGCUCGGAAUUGGGAUUUCGGUCCAACACUGGGUUUUACGUAGAAAUCGACCAUCCUAACCGGGAUAUGACAACGUCCUUCUGCAUAAAACGAAACCUUAACGUCGCAUCGGAGACAUUUUGUGCGAAUAAACGGGAAUUGGAUCGGUGGUCGUCGGGCAGAACAGCUCCGUAUAUCUGAUUUCCCCUUCAGAGUGCGGCGAUUCAGCCCCUGUCGCCGUUCGGGAGCAGUUUUGUUUACCGUGGGCAAGCGGAGACCAGAUCGUGACUUUCGAGGGGAUUUGCAAAAAUCUUGGAUUUUUAUGCAAUUGUGCAUUUUUGUGGAGAUUCGCGCGAUUUUUGCAUGAAGAAAUUUUGACGUCACGCAAAAUGGGUACUUUGAACAUCUAGAAAUUGCGACUUUCUCCCGGAAUGCAUCAAUCCACCUGAUUUGUCUGGAUUCUCAUCUUGAAGCUUGAUUUGUACAUGGGGAACAUUUUAUUUUGGGUUAUUUAAUGAUAAUAAUGUGGGUGUUGGGUGUUGGAUUAUCAUGGGGUGAAUGGCGGUGGCGAAGCGGGGCGCUAUUGCAUUUCUUUUGAAAGACACUGACUCUCACAGCAAGGAAUAGCUAACGCUAACAGUUAACUUAGCUGGUAGCAAUCAAUUAGCUAGAUAUUAGCCAGUUAGCUAACGUUAGCAGGCUGCCAGCUUGCUAAUGUGCUAACUGGGAAGGCUUGGAUUGAUCAAGCAGCUUCCUUGUUUAAAAUUCACAGUUGUCAACUUAAGAAAACAGAAUAGAAAACAAUUAUGGCUGAAAACCUGCUGGAUGUCGGACCUCCCAGCUCCAAGCGGCCGAAGCUGAAUUCACCUGCCCUGUCAGCGUCUGACGGACAAGAUCUGGUGAGUUCUCUAUCCUGGGAUGAUUUGGAAAAUGACCUUCCAGAUGAAUUGAUCCCUAAUGGAAGUGAUUUAACCCUGAUGGGUGGGAUGCCCUCAAAUGGUGGAGCAACACCUGGAGCUGGGGGGCCAGGUGGCACCCAAGUAGGUCUUGCUGGUGGUGCCAAUGUUGUCCCGGAUGCCGCUGCUAAGCAUAAGCAGCUCUCAGAACUUCUUCGAGCUAGUAGCACCUCCAGUAUUGCAGGGGUACAGGGCACAGGGCUCAACUCGGCUAGUCCUCAACCUGGAGGCAUGGGUCCACAGCUGGGAGCGCCACUGGGCAAGAGCCCCCUUGGCCAGGGUUCUCCCAACAACCACCCCUCCCCCCAAGCUCACAAAGCAGGAACACCAACUGGAGUAGCAGGACAGAACAACAAUAACAGUACUGCAGCUAUGGGCUUGAACACAACAGGGUUCAACCAGGCUAUGAUUAACAAUAGCCAGGGCCAUGCCGGACUCUUGGCUCAGGGAGGACAACCUCAACCUGGGCAGGUGAUGAAUGGUGGUCUUGUGCCAGGAGCUGGGAGAGGACGGGGAGCUGGAGUAGCAGGCAUGCAGUACCAAGGUUCAGCGCUGCAAGGAACUGCGCCAGGACCAGGAGGAUCUGGAAGCGCAUUGGCAGAAACACUUACCCAGGGAGGGCAGCAGAUGGGAGCUCAUACCACCCUUGGUGCAGCCCAGCAAGCAGGCAACAUGAAGAUGGGUAUAGGUACCAAUGGAAGUCCUUUUGGGCCUCAACCUUAUGGUCAAGGGGCUGCGGGACCGGGCCAACAACUAAACCCACAGCAGCAGCUCCAGAACAAGGCUGCCCUUGCCAACAGCCUGCCACCAUUCCCUAAUGAGCUCAAAGGGGCUGCUGUUACGAGUGUGCCAAAUAUGCAGCUCCAGCAGCCGCAGCAGCAGGCAGCAAUGCUCCCACUGGCCGGCAGUGGAGGUGUGGCAGUGCCUUCGGCAGGUCCCACAGCGGACCCGGAGAAGCGCAAGCUGAUCCAGCAGCAGCUGGUCCUGCUGCUUCAUGCACACAAGUGCCAGCGACGAGAGCAGGCCAAUGGGGAGGUAAGGGCCUGCGCCCUGCCUCACUGCCGCACAAUGAAGAACGUCCUCAACCACAUGACCCACUGCCAGGCCGGCAAAUCCUGCCAGGUGGCUCACUGUGCAUCAUCCAGGCAGAUCAUCUCCCACUGGAAAAAUUGCACACGACACGACUGUCCUGUCUGUUUGCCGCUGAAGAAUGCUAGCGACAAACACACCCAGCAGCCCUUGCUGAGUUCCCCAAAUACCGGUCUCCAGAACUCCAUGUCCUCUGUUGGUGUGGGCCAGCCCACUGCUCCCAACAUCAAUCCCCCAGCCCCUAUAGACCCCAGCUCCAUGCAGAGAGCCUAUGCCGCACUUGGUUUGCCCUAUAGCAGCCAGGCCACUGGACAGGCUCAAGCCCAGCAGGCCCCAGGACAGACUGUGGGUGCUCAGAACUCCCAGGCCCUGAUGAGACCCAUCGGUACUAUUGGUAACCAGAUUACUCUUGGAGGUGGGACAAUGGGCGUGACCACUUCAGAACAGACGAACCUGCACACAGACUCCCUUCCCAACACACUCAACACUAACAAUCAACUGCUGUCAGACGGCUCAUCUGUGGGCUCAAUGGGCAGCCUACCCACAGCAGCACCUGUCUCUGCCACAGGCUCUAGGAAAGCCUGGCAUGAGCAUGUCACUCAGGACCUGCGCAAUCACCUCGUACACAAACUAGUACAAGCCAUAUUCCCUACCCCUGACCCGGCAGCUUUGAAGGACAGACGAAUGGAAAACCUUGUGGCCUACGCCCGAAAGGUAGAAGGGGACAUGUAUGAGUCCGCUAACAGCCGGGAUGAGUACUAUCACUUCUUGGCUGAGAAAAUAUACAAAAUUCAAAAGGAACUGGAGGAGAAGAGGCGUUCAAGGCUUCAGAAGCAGAUCAUAAAUCAGGCACCGAUGGCUGCGCAGGGUACCCAGCAACCUGGUCUUCAGCAGCCAAAUGCGUUGGGCCCAAGACCACAGAAUGGGCCCGUUUCUCUGCCAAACAUGCCAAAUCAGAUCAUGAAUCGCAUGCAAGUUUCACAAGGAAUCAACCAGUUCAACAACAUGGCUCUGCACAACGCCCAGAUGUCUCAGGCACCAAUGGGAGCCCGAGCUGCUUCUCCGAUGAACCACCCACAGCAAAUGAACAUGAGCUCAGUCCCAGCGAUGGGAAUGUCUCCCUCAAGAAUGCCCCAGGCACAGGGGAUGAUGGCUGGACAUGGAAACAUGGUGGGCCAGACAGCCAAUCAGGGACAGUUCAUGCCUCAGACCCAGUUUCCUCCCGGUGCUACAUCGGGUGCUAUGAAUGUCAACGUGGGUCCUGGUAUGGGCCAGCCACCGGCACAGGCUGCUGUCACUCAGCAGCAGCAGCAGAGCGCUAACCUCCCCAUGAAUGCACUUGGCCCCUCACUGGGCCCUCAGCUAGCCUCCUCCCAAACCCCCUUGCACUCCACGCCUCCACCUACUGCCACCUCCACGGCUGGGGGGGCAACUAACCUGCCACACCCCCAGUCCUCCAGCCGCAGUUCCACCCCCACCCUCCCUGGCCCUGCCCCAGCCCAGGGUGCCACCCCACCCUGCCCCACUCAGCCCCAACCCCAGGUGGAGCUCCCUGCAGCAGCACAGACGCAGCCCCCGCCUCAGCCCCCUACCACACCGCUUUCACAACCGGGAGCCAGUCUGGAAAAUCGGGUGCCUACGCCUGCCUCGGCCGCCAGCGCCGACCUGCACUCGCAGCAUGUUGGAGCUGACCUACCAACUCAGGAGGUCAAAGCAGAAAUGCAUCAUGACCAACCAGAGUUUGAGGCUGCUGGUGGGAAAAUUGAGCCCAAGAUGGAGACUGAGGAGGACUCUUCUUCAGCUUUGGUAAAGAAAGAGGAGCCAGAGGAAAAACCAGAGCCAAUGGAGGUGGAGGAGAAAAAGCCGGAAAUAAAGACGGAACCCAAAGAAGAGGAGGAGGGUGGAACCAAUAACACAACCUCCUCAUCCCCGUGUCAGUCACGGCGGAAAAUAUUCAAGCCUGAGGAGUUGCGCCAGGCUCUGAUGCCGACUCUUGAGUCUCUUUACAGGCAGGACCCAGAAUCUCUGCCAUUCCGACAGCCAGUAGACCCCAUGCUCCUGGGUAUCCCAGACUACUUUGACAUUGUUAAGACCCCUAUAGAUUUGUCCACAAUAAAGCGCAAGCUUGACACAGGACAGUACCAAGAACCCUGGCAAUAUGUGGACGAUGUGUGGCUGAUGUUCAACAAUGCCUGGCUCUAUAACCGCAAGACCUCCCGGGUGUACAAGUACUGCUCUAAGCUGGCCGAGGUGUUUGAGUCAGAGAUCGACCCCGUCAUGCAGGGCCUGGGAUAUUGCUGUGGGAGGAAGUACGAGUUCUCCCCUCAAACCCUCUGUUGCUAUGGGAAGCAGCUCUGCACCAUACCUACUGGAGGCACAUACUACAGUUACCAGAACAGGUAUCAUUUCUGUGAAAAAUGCUUCAAUGAGAUCCAAGGGGACAGCGUGACGCUAGGAGAUGAUCCUUCACAACCACAGACGAUGAUAUCAAAAGACCAGUUUGAGCGUAAGAAGAACGAUGUUCUUGACCCUGAACCUUUUGUUGAAUGUAAAGAUUGCGGACGGAAGAUGCAUCAGAUAUGCGUUUUACACUACGAGGUUAUUUGGCCGUCUGGAUUCAUCUGUGACAACUGUUUGAAGAAAAGUGGGAAAUCAAGGAAGGAAAACAAGUUCUCUGCAAAAAGGCUGCAGGGAACACGACUGGGAACGUACAUAGAGGACCGUGUGAAUAAAUACUUGAAGAGACAGAACCACCCAGAGGCUGGAGAAGUGUUUGUGAGGGUGGUGGCAAGCUCUGACAAAACUGUGGAAGUCAAACCAGGCAUGAAAGCCAGAUUUGUAGACACUGGUGAGAUGCCCGAGGCCUUUCCUUACAGAACUAAAGCACUUUUUGCUUUUGAAGAAAUUGAUGGCGUGGAUGUUUGCUUCUUUGGCAUGCACGUGCAGGAGUAUGGCUCAGAUUGCCCAUUUCCCAACACUAGACGGGUCUACAUAUCGUACCUUGACAGUAUUCAUUUCUUCAGACCUCGGAUUCUACGAACAGCCGUGUACCAUGAGAUCCUCAUUGGCUAUCUUGAAUAUGUCAAAAAACUUGGGUACACCCAGGGCCACAUCUGGGCGUGCCCACCCAGUGAAGGAGAUGAUUACAUCUUCCACUGCCAUCCUCCUGACCAGAAAAUCCCCAAGCCUAAGAGACUGCAGGAGUGGUACAGGAAGAUGUUGGACAAGGCUUUUGCUGAGAGAAUCUUGCAUGACUACAAGGACAUCUUCAAACAGGCGACUGAGGACCGACUGACCAGUGCCAAUGAGCUGCCGUACUUUGAAGGGGAUUUCUGGCCUAAUGUGCUAGAGGAAAGCAUCAAGGAGCUGGAGCAGGAGGAAGAGGAGAGGAAGAAGGAAGAGAACACAGCAGCUACUGAAACUCCAGAGGGUACACCAGGAGACAGCAAAAACGCAAAGAAGAAGAACAACAAGAAAACCAACAAGAACAAGAGCAGUGUGAGCCGAGCCAAUAAGAAGAAGCCUGGGAUGCCGAAUGUAGCCAAUGAUUUGUCCCAGAAAUUAUAUGCCACCAUGGAGAAGCACAAAGAGGUUUUCUUUGUGAUCCAUCUUUAUUCCGGACAAAUGGCCAACACCCUGCCACCCAUUGUUGACCCUGACCCCUUGAUUUCAUGUGACCUGAUGGAUGGCCGUGAUGCCUUCUUGACUCUGGCAAGGGACAAACACUGGGAGUUCAGCUCCCUCAGGAGGUGCAAGUGGAGCACUAUGUGCAUGCUGGUUGAGCUGCACAACCAGGGACAGGACCGUUUUGUCUACACAUGCAACGAGUGCAAGCACCAUGUGGAGACUCGCUGGCACUGCACUGUGUGCGAGGACUUUGAUCUUUGCAUUAAUUGCUACAACACGAAGGGCCAUGAACACCAGAUGGUGAAGUGGGGUCUUGGCCUGGAUGAUGACAACAACAGCCAGAGUGGAGAAGCUUCCAAGAGCCCACAGGAGAGCCGGCGUUUAAGUAUUCAACGAUGCAUUCAGUCCUUGGUCCAUGCUUGUCAGUGUCGCAACGCCAACUGCUCUCUACCGUCCUGCCAGAAGAUGAAGAGAGUGGUACAGCACACCAAGGGCUGCAAGCGCAAAACCAAUGGUGGCUGCCCUGUUUGUAAGCAGCUUAUCGCUCUGUGUUGUUACCAUGCAAAGCACUGUCAGGAGAACAAGUGUCCUGUCCCGUUCUGCCUGAAUAUCAAGCACAAGCUUCGCCAGCAGCAGCUACAGCAUCGGCUCCAGCAGGCCCAGCUAAUGAGGAGAAGAAUGGCCACCAUGCAAGGCAGAACCAUGCCUCUACCGUCCCCACCAGCCUCAGCUGCCCCCAGUACUCCCACUUCUCACGCCCAGCCCAACACUCCUCAAACACCUCAGCAGCCCCUUUCCAACCAACCACAGACCCCCAACUCAGCAGGAGUCAUGUCCCCUUCUUUCCCCAAUGCACCACGCACUGGUCAACCUCAAGCAACAGUGUCCCAGGGAAAGCCUGGGCCCCAGGCCUCCCCCCUACACCAGCAGCAGUCCCCCCUUCCCCAGCCUCCUCAGGCUCUAAAGCAGCAGCCUCCGAUUGCAGCAGUCAAGAUGGCACGACACAUCGAAAUGAUGGCACAGGCCCAACAGAGCCAGCAAAACUACAGAGUCAACAUGAACGGCUUACCCAUGAACCCCCAGCAGCCACCUCAGCGCACAACUGGACCGAUGCAGCCAACAAUGCAGAUGGUGCCUGGGCCCCAUGGACCACAGGUCAUGCAAUCUGGCAUGGCUCCUGGACAGUGGCCUGGAGCUGCAGGGCCAAUUCAGGCAGCUCAAGCUCAGCAACCAGGCCUUGUCCCAGGUCAGACCCCACAGCCGGCCAUGACCAUGCAGAGAGUCAUGAUGGCACAAGGGCAGCAAACUCAACAAGGCCAGAGGAUGCUAAUACCACAGCAACCUGGUGUCCGGCCCCAAACUCCACAGCGACCUGGUACUAUACCCCCCAAUGCUCUGCAGGACCUUCUCCGCACUCUCAAGUCCCCCAGCUCUCCCCAGCAGCAGCAACAAGUCCUCAACAUCCUCAAAUCAAACCCUCAACUUAUGGCUGCUUUUAUCAAACAGCGAACUGCCAAGUACCAUGCAAACCAACCACAGCAGCAGCAGGUCGGUCAACAACCACAGCCUGGUAUGCCAAUGCAGACCAUGGCUAUGCCAGGAGGGCCAGUGCAGAGGCCUGGGAUGCCCCCUCAGCAGCCCCAGCAGCCUCCUGUGCAGGGCAUGACUCAAAUGGGAGCUCAGGGGCAGCUUAUGAAUGCAGCACACAACACCAACCCCCAGAUUCAGGAGCUCUACCGUCGGCAGGUUUUAAGACCACAGCAACAACAACAACAGGGAGUGAUGCCGCAGGGUCAUCCUGGCCAGUUCCCUGCACAGGUGCAGGGGACAGCGCCUACAUACUCCCAGCUCCGCAUGCAGCAACAACAGCAGCAGCAGCAAAUAGCCAUGCAGGCGGGUGCAGGAGCAGCUGGGGGACCUAUGGGUCAGCUUCCACCCAUGGCUCAGAUGGCUCAACCUGGAAUGGGGAUGGACUCUACCCAGAACUUACUGCACCAACGAUUGCUGCAGCAGCAGCAGCAGCAACUUCCACAGCAGCAGCAGCAGCAGGCCGUCCUGAAGCAGCAGAUGGGCUCUCCAGCCCAGCCAAAUCCCAUGAGCCCACAGACCCACCUGCUGGCUGGCCAGACUCCGGGUGCAGCCCACCUUCCCGGCCAGCCAGCAUUAGCCAACGCCCUCAGCAACCAGGUCCGCUCCCCUGCGCCAGUUCAGUCUCCUUGUCCACCCUCGCAACAGCAGCCCCAGCAACCACCACAUUCCAGUCCUUCACCACAGGUCCAGAACCAACCCCAACCAUCCCCUCAACACCUGCCCCCAUCUCACUUGGGUUCUCCCCAUCCAGGGCUCGGUGGCCCACUGCAGGCCAUGGAGCAAGGACAUUUGGGGACACCAGAACAAAGCGCCAUGCUACCACAGCUUAACACGCCCAACAGAGGAGGACUGAGCAAUGACUUGGGGAUGGUGGGAGACGCUACAGGAGACACUCUGGAGAAGUUUGUGGAGGGAUUGUAGCAUUUUUUACUGGGAGCUAAAGAUGUCAUCCUCACUCCCAUGGACCCAUCCUUCCACUGCUCCUCAUACUCUUUAUCCCAAUUGAGGGCUUUGUUUGUUCUUUCUAAGGUUGAGAACGGUUGUUUUGUACUGACAUGUAAAAAGUUUCAACUGUGGGGAAAAAAAAAAAAAAUUUGGUCAAGAAAAAACAGUCAAAACUUCUAGGGAAUGUAAUUGUUUCUGAGACCCUAAUGGUGGGUAUUUCUUCCUUAAUAUGUUUAGGGAUUUGCAAGUUGCUUCUUAAAUAAAGUUAAAUCACAAAGAAUAUAUUUUUGGUUGAGACCAAAUGUGUUCAGUACUCAGUUUAUUUUUUGGUUUGUUUUUGGUAUGGUUUCAUGCCUUUGUCUUUUCUUUUUUUAAUGUACAAUUGCAUUAUAUUAUUCAUAUCUUUUUAUUUUGUACCUUGGAGAAAAAAAAACGUAAAGCAUUUUUGUGUUUAAACUGUAAAAUAUUUCGUCUGGGAAUCAGGCCAGGUCUUUGUUCUUUUCUCAAGCUGUCAUUCCUGGCAAUUGUAAUCUAGUGUUGUACCAUUACUGCAAGACGAUGCGUUCAGGGACAGUAACAGCUCCCUUCCUUUUUGUGUGUAUGAAGAGCACUCAGUUGUAUAAAAGUAGGAAAUGGCCUGCAGCAGGUUGUGUAUACACGGGCAUGUAUGCAACCACACAUGAAGAAACCGACACAAACCCUCCGCCACUAAGAGAAACACAGCUCUGAGUGGUUUCACAGAGGUGUACGACAAGGACUGCUACGAACAUCUCAAUUUGGGAAAGUCUGUCUUGCCGGUGAAGAAAGUUGUUGCUUUGACAUUAAAAUUAAUUUGUCAUACGUUUUUGUCAUAAAAAUGUUGUAAAGUGUAAAGAGAGUGUGAGAAAGAGACCAGCCCCCUAAGCUGAGGUGGAAUGAUAACAGGUUGUUUGUAGACAUCUCAAAAGGCGUCCAUCCCCCUAAAAUUUUACACUAAGUUGUGUGCUUUCGAGGGAUAAAGGGCACAUAUGAGAUUCACUUUGAGGAAAAACUAAAUGUCAACCCUCAUUCCUCUCUCACAAAAACUUGAAUUAGGGGGAUUUUCUUUUUCUCCUAUUGUAAAUCAAGUUAUUAAACAAAAUACUAUAAAUAUAAGGAAGAGAGAAUGAAAUCACUGUAUAAACUGGUUAAAAAAAUCAUUUCUUACUUAUAUACAAUAUUGUUAAUAAACUGUGUGCAACAGAAGAACUCCGGUACUCUGUUGGCUGAAUAAUGA